CACUUAGCCUUCGCUCACAACUCUCUCAUCAUUUUCAUUUCUCAGAGAGAAGCAGAGAUCCAAUCUGCAAAAUGGCUCUGCUCGUCGAGAAAACGACCUCCGGCCGCGAGUACAAGGUCAAAGACAUGUCUCAGGCCGACUUCGGACGUCUCGAGAUCGAGUUGGCUGAAGUCGAAAUGCCUGGUCUCAUGGCUUGCCGUACAGAGUUCGGCCCUUCUCAGCCCUUCAACGGUGCGAAAAUCACCGGCUCCCUGCACAUGACCAUUCAAACCGCCGUUCUUAUCGAGACUUUGACGGCUCUCGGCGCCAAGGUCCGUUGGUGCUCUUGCAACAUUUUCUCGACUCAAGAUCACGCGGCCGCCGCAAUUGCACGUGACUCCGCAUCCGUUUUCGCCUGGAAGGGUGAGACUCUUCAGGAGUACUGGUGGUGUACCGAGAGGGCUUUGGACUGGGGUCCCGGUGGUGGCCCAGAUCUGAUUGUGGACGACGGUGGUGAUGCCACGUUGUUGAUUCACGAGGGAGUUAAGGCUGAGGAGAUUUAUGAGAAAACAGGCAAGUUUCCGGAUCCAGCCUCUACUGAUAACGCUGAGUUUCAGAUUGUUUUGACCAUUAUUAGAGAUGGAUUAAAGGUCGAUCCCAAGAAGUAUCAUAAAAUGAAGGAGAGAUUGGUUGGAGUUUCUGAGGAGACCACCACUGGUGUUAAGAGAUUGUACCAGAUGCAGGCUAAUGGAACCUUGUUGUUCCCUGCCAUCAAUGUUAAUGACUCUGUCACUAAGAGCAAGUUCGAUAACUUGUAUGGAUGCCGCCACUCACUCCCUGAUGGUCUGAUGAGGGCCACUGAUGUCAUGAUUGCUGGCAAGGUUGCCGUUGUUUGUGGUUAUGGUGAUGUGGGCAAGGGCUGUGCUGCUGCUUUGAAGCAAGCUGGAGCACGUGUUAUUGUCACUGAGAUCGAUCCCAUCUGUGCUCUCCAAGCUCUUAUGGAGGGACUCCAGGUCCUUACUCUUGAGGAUGUUGUCUCUGAAGCUGACAUCUUUGUCACCACCACCGGAAACAAGGACAUUAUCAUGGUUGACCACAUGAAGAAGAUGAAGAACAAUGCCAUUGUUUGCAACAUUGGUCACUUUGAUAAUGAAAUUGACAUGCUUGGACUUGAGGCCUACCCUGGUGUCAAUCGCAUCACCAUCAAGCCUCAAACAGAUAGGUGGGUCUUCCCUGAAACCAACUCAGGCAUCAUUGUUUUGGCUGAGGGUCGUCUCAUGAACUUGGGAUGUGCUACCGGCCACCCCAGCUUUGUGAUGUCAUGUUCCUUCACCAACCAGGUGAUUGCCCAGCUUGAGCUCUGGAAUGAGAAGAGCACUGGCAAAUAUGAGAAGAAGGUGUAUGUUUUACCCAAGCACCUGGAUGAGAAGGUGGCUGCUCUUCACCUUGGUAAGCUUGGAGCCAAGCUCACCAAGCUCACUAAGGACCAGGCUGACUACAUUAAUGUGCCAGUUGAGGGUCCCUACAAGCCUCCUCACUACAGGUACUAAUGAGAGUAUGAGAAAAAUCUGGAACCGGCUGAUUGUUUGUUCUUACAAUUUAAAGGUCAUUUGUGAUAGAAUAUUAGGUUUUGAUAUGUAUUUUGGGUAGGAGUUUUGUGUUGGUGGUGGGAAAGUAGAGGGGAAAGAAAUUGAAAGGUCUCAGAUGAAGACCAAAUGGGUUUGAAUAAGGCUUUGGAUGGGGCUGUGUGGAAUAUUUUUUAAUAGAAGAUGCAGUUUCAGUUCUGCUGGUUUGCGGCAUCUUUAUCAUCUUGUUAUUUGCCAAAUGAAAACAAAGUAUUUGCCUUCA